AUGGUCCGUAUUGCUUGUCCUUUUCCGCCUUUAUUGCCAUCCUUUGGGGCCACCGGAGCGACGGUGGCUAUUAUUCUGGGCGCGCACACCGUGCACGUCGGCACAAGGAGUGCCGUCAACAAUGACAAGCACAUGACCACGCUUUACUAUAACAACACAGCGAAUCGGGGUAUUCAGUAUAUGAUUGUUGGUGGCGUCGUUGCGCCUUCCAUUUCUAACAACAUCCAUGACAUUUUCGACAUUUACGACAGAGUGAACACCGACCUUGAAGACUUUGAUAUAAAGUGCCUGACAUAUUUGGAUGAUGCCAUCAUCUUCUACUGUCUUGGUUGA